GUUACAAAUUCUACUUUUUAUUUUACUAAAUUAUGAAUUUAUUAAAACUAUUAUUCUAAUAAUAUUAUAAAUAAUAGUGUCCUUCUGUAUCAUUGAAAUAAUAAACGGUGUAAUAUUUUGUUAUUUAAUAAAGUAGGCGAUGUAGGCAUACAAUGAAAGUUAUAAGAAGUACCAAAAUAAUAAAUAAAUCUUUCAAAAUAUUUUAUAAUUGAGUUACCAAUUAUGAGUGGGUUUUGUUAUGAAAUUGAAAAUUAAAAAUAUUAAUCUGUGUGUUUGUAAACGUUUCGAUUGACUAAUUUUGUUGUAGGUAGUUCACACAUCAGCAGGCACGUAUCACACACGCUGGUUUACAUUAAAUGUACUACCGUGUUUGACGUUAUGUCAGUUUAAAUUGUUUAAAAAAAUAAAAAAUUUGAUCAGGACAAUAAUCAAUAAGAAUUUGAUAUUAUUACUAAUAUGGUACUGUAAUAAUGUUUGUAUUUACUAUUUACAUUAAGUUAUUUGUCGUGUUUAAACAUUAUUAAGAAUUAAUUUUAUCAUACUUAUCGACAGAGUAGCCGAGCUAGACCGAUCGAAUUCUAUAAAAUAUGAUAGAUUGUUCCCAAACACUGCUUGAUGACGAACCGUAGUGUGUGUGAAAAACAUACACAUACAUUUAUGUGAAGGGACAUCGGUUAUUACUAUUAAGUGCUCUGUGUUGCGUUGCUUGGCAACCGUUUUGUUGUAGGCGUUAUGUGGACGAGAUUCGGGUUGCAGGUAUAAUAUGGUAUAGGCCUCAAACUUAUUCGGAGUUCUCUGUACGUGAAUAAUAGUCGUGUAUUGCGACAUCCAUGAAAAUAGUAUUAUCGACCACACGUCGCUAUAAUGUCGUAUUAGUUAUAACUUAUACCUAUUAUUAAUUAAUUUAUGUGCUCUGCUAUUAUUGGCAGCGGCUUGAUGUUUACGAUACAUUUUUAUUGAUAGUGAGUUUGGUUAAUAUGUCCAAUUUUAAAAAGAAAUCAAAGGCCAAUAAGCACAUUGUGACGUCCACUGGACUAUCGUUGCAAGGCUCUCAAAUUAAUCUCUCAACACGCUUAUCGAAUUUGAACAUAUCAAAUCCUUUGCAUUAUUUGUAUAACGAAAACGUUGAUACGCCAUCGCGCGGAAGACCGAUGUCUGCACUUACACUGAGUGCUACAAAUCAGGAUUCACCACGAAGGUUAAGAUUAGUUAAACGUCCACAGUCUGCAGAUACAAUAAAUAAGAUUAACAAAAGUCGACACAUUUCAUUUGAUUUCAAUGAUCAACAGACCGACACGAAUGUCGGAAAUCGCACAGAUCGGCCGGAAAACGCUUUUGACGAAUCAGACGGUGCCGAAAUGUCGUCGUCCAGCGACGGUCGUUCGACCCCCGUUCCCCCAAACGACGGCAGCGCGGGUGGCGGCGGUGGCGACGAUGGCGAUGGACAACCGGCGCUCGAACCAGGCUUGACUUCCAAGCCACCUAUACCACCCGGUGGUGCAGACGCGCGCGUACCGGAAACGUUCGGCCGCGUGGCAAACGUUUCCGCGGCGACGUUCGACGACGCGGUGGAGCUCAAGUUCCAGCGCUGGUUCCCGAACUCAGUACCUGUUCUGGUUCCCGUACCGACGCCCGUCACGGACGUAUACGUAGAAAACGUGGUCAGCGUCAAGGAGGACCGGGUCGUAGCGCACGCGAAGAGUGGUCGCGGUCAGCUGGACGAAGAACACCUUUACUCGAACUUGAGCGCGGCCAUCGGUGGCGCGAGCGACAGAUUCGGUGGCUCGGUGUCCGUCGAUCUGUCCGGAGCGCUUCGGGGCGCCAACGCGGAUGGCGGCGAACGAAGCCGAACGCGGUCCAUCGUAAAGCCGAAGAACAAGUUAAAGAAGAAGAUCGCACCGGUGGCGGCGGCGGUGGUCAGCCAUAGACCUAAAAACACGAGGGAUGCGGUAAAAUCGAAGUCGGUCGUGGCCGCAGCAGUACAGCCGGUCGAAGCGUUGCCGACGCGGAAUGAGCAACUUCCGGAAAGACAGCCGGAAACGAAGAGAGACCGUCCGAAAAACGCCGACCGUUCGCCGGUGCAGGAUUACGUGAGGGAAGACGUGGUCUCGUGGAUGUCCAGUCACCUGCAGAGACCGUCCACACCCGACUUCGACGGCGGUACACUCGACGCGUUUUCCGAAGAAAAACACAAGACGUCAACGUACGACGAGAUCGUUAAUAUUCUUAAAGAACUCGAGUCCGAAAAUAACGAUAUCGACAUGAAUGUCAGGAAAAGUGGUGUUACAGAUAAUAAUAAACAUCAAACAUUAGUACCAGAAUCUUCGUCUAGUUCAAAGGCAUUAUGGUCAUUUCUGGACGAGGUAGAGAAAAAUUCAAAUUGUCCAUCUACUCCCAAAUCACCUAAACACAAAUCGCCCGUAAACUUGCCAAACACACCACCACCAUCGCCAGGUAAAAGAGUUAUAGAUGUAAAAAAGGGAAACCUUCAACAAGUUAUGGAUCUCGACAAAGCAGAAUUGGCUCAAAAAGUAGCCAUGCUACAAAUUCAAUUAUCAGAAAAAGAAGAUAUAACUGAAAAAUUGAAAAUUAAUAUAUCUGAACUACAAGCGGAGCACGCUAAAACUAAAUCUGAAUAUGAAUCCACUGUGAUGAGACACCAAAAAUUCAUCGAUAAAUUAUUGAACGAGAAAAAACAACUUAGUGAAAGUUGUUCUUUGACUGUAAAGGAACUGACCAAAAAAAUGAACGAUGCACUAUCGAGUCAAGAAGAGCGACAUAAAGUUGAAUUGAAAAAGGCUAUCGACAAACAGACAGCAUCUGAGAAAAUAAAAAAAGAUCGAUGGGUUGAUCUUAAGACAAAAAAAAUUAAAGAGAUGACGAUUAAAGGCAUUGAACCUGAACUUAAUAGGAUGUCCGUAGCGUAUCAAGAAGAAUUGUCAGAACUUCGAAGAAUUCAUCAAUCACAAAUUGAAGAAAUCGAAGCAACAUGGCAUCGGAGAAUGGCUACUAUGAGGGAUAAAAUGGACGCAGAACGAGAACAAGCAAUUGUGACAGAAAGAGAAAAUUCAAGAAAUCGCUUGGAAAUGGAAAUUGCUGAGCUUGAAAAGAGUUAUCAAGAUCAACGGAAACGACUAUUAGGUGAAAUUCACGGGGAAAGAUUACGUCAAGAAAGAGAAAAUGAAGUGACACUGAUGGAAAAACAAAAAGCCCUCGAACAAAAGUUUGAAAAAUUAGUAUUAGAGAUCCAGGAAAAAAUUAAUAAAAAGGAGCAAGAGUUCCAGAACGAGUUGAAAACAAUUCGAGAAACUUGUGAAACAGAAAAGACUAAAUGGAUACAACAUCAAACAGCUGUAUUAGCAGAUAAAGAAAGUAAUAUCAAAGAAAUGUGCAAAAAAGAACGAGACAAACAUAUUGAAUUGGUUGUUCAAAAAUUAGAGAACGAAGCUUCUGAAAGAGAAAAAAGUUCAGAAAUGAAAAUUAAACGAAUAAAAUCUGAGUACGAGGCUGACAUUCGUGAACUAGAAAAUACCAUAUCUGGUCAUCGUAUGAAAUUAAACGAAGCUCGUACCAAAGCACAAGAGUACGAAGAUAAAAUAGCAGAUCUCACUAGUGAAUUGAAUAAGUGUAAUAUUGAACAAAUACGAUUACAAGAGUUGGUUUCCAAACUAAAAAAUGACCUUGCUGAAAAAGGAAAUACUAUAAAAAACGAAGCUGUCACUAAGAUUGGAAUAUUACAAACAGAAUUAAUUCAAUCAAAACUGAGUUUCGAAACUAAAAUAAAAACUAUUGAAAAUGAAAAAGAAAGAGAAAUAAAUCACGUUUACGUUCGGGUAAAAGAAGCAAUUAAACGAAAAGAUGAAACAAUUCAGACAUUAAAAAGUGAACGAAAUGCUGCCUUGGAUCAGUGCAGUAAUGGAAAGACUUUUGGAUCGACAGAGAAAAGAACUUUUGAAGCUCAAAUAAUUUAAUUAUUGCUUACAUUGAACAAACUUCUCAUUUUUUUUUUUUUAAAUAGUUACACAGAUUAUUUUAGGAAAAUGUAGAAUAAUGUUAUCAAAUUAGAAUUCUCUGUUAUAGCCUAUAGUUAUUGUAAUCUAUGUAAUAAACACAAAUUUUGCUGUA